AUGCGAGGAUCCCGCGCCGCGUCUCCGCGCUUCGCGCACAUCGCUGUGACGCUUGAGUCGACUGAAUGUCGCUCGCAUUCUUCCCCAUUUCCCGCGCCUCCCAAAGUCACAUUCCUCCUUCUUCCCUCAUCCCUCCCCGCCCCCUCUCUGACCGUCGCCAGGCCAGCAGGCAGCUCGCCUCCAUGCGUCCAGACUCUGAGUCCACCCAACGCUAGUAGGCAGCUCGCCUCCAUGCGUGCAGACUCUGAUGGCUCCCUCGACUACUCACGCCUUGUGGUGGAGCUGCGCACGCAGGAGGGAAUGGUGAAGGAGCAAGCGCACUGUGCGCCCAACGGCUACUACUUCCUUCCGGUGUACACCCAGGGAACGUUCGAGCUGGCAGUGAGGGGCCCGCCUGGGUGGUCGUUUGAACCGGAAAGCGUGCCAGUGACGGUUGAUGGGGAGGCGUGCAAUGGCAACAAGGACGUCAACUUCCACCACAAGGGCUUCGGAUUGGCUGGAAAGGUGCUCGGUCCCGACAGCCCCUCCUGUGCCGCCCAGGCCAAGGGACCUGCGGGUGUGACUGUGACUGUAACGAGGGCUGGCAGUGAGGGGGGAGAGGGCAAGGGGGUGGCAGAGGUGGUGGCGACAGCAGUGACAGAUGGGAGUGGUGCCUUCCGCUUCUCCGACCUGCUUGUUGGCACCUACACUCUCUCCGCCUCCCACCCCGCGUGGCCCAUCAAGCUGCUCGGCAAUCCCAAGGUGGACCUGGGCUGGGGCAGCAUGGAGCUCCCGGACCUCUUCCAAGUGGCGGGAUACAGCCUCUCAGGCUCUGUGGAGGCUCAGGAAAACCCAGUCCCAGGAAAAAACCCAGUCCCAGGGGUGCAGAUAUUUCUUUUCUCCGACUCCGUCCAGAAGAUUCCCACCUGCCCGGCCGGCCCGGGCACCUCCCCCCUGCCCGGGAAAACUCCGCUCUGCCACACCACCACGGGGGCGGACGGGCGGUUCUCCUUCCGCGAGCUGCCAUGUGGCGCGUUCUCAUUGGUCCCGCAAUACAAGGGCGAGGCGACGGUGUUUGAGAUGGCGCCUAAGGAAAUGGCAGUGGUGGUGGGUCAUGCUGAUGCCGCUACAGCAGAACCCUUUCAGGUCCGUGGGUUCUCCGUAUCUGGACGCGUGGAGAACAGCGCAGGGGAGGGCAUGGAGGGAGCAACGGUGCUUCUUCUCAAUGGCCAGCCACACGCCGUCACAGACGCCCAGGGUCAGUACAGCCUGCACCAGAUAACAUCGGGCCAGUACGCCCUAUCUGCCACCAAGCCGCGCUACGCCUUCACGCCCCUCCCCACCGUCUCCAUCGUCCCCUCCGCCUCCCUCCUGCCCCCUCUCCGCGCCUCGCACUACGAGCUGUGUGUCGCGACGCUAUUGGACGAGGGAUCGGCGUUCCAAGCGGGCGGCAGGCAGGUGGCGCUGACUGGAGGCGGAGGGGAACAGGAUGUGUCACCUCAGGCGAAGAAGACAGAUGCUGAUGGGAGAGUGUGCUUCAUGGUCCCCCCAGGCACCUACCAGCUCGCCCCACACAUCCUACCGGCUGAGGCAGCAGCAGGGCUGGCCUUUGCCCCCUCCCUCGCCACCGUUACAGUCACAUCCGCGCCUGUCACAGGGGUCUCCUUCAACCAAUCACAUCUCUCCGUGUCCGGCCAUGUGAUCUGCAUCGACGGCUGCGAUCGCUCCGUCCGCGUCUCCCUCGCUCGCAUCGGACCGUUGGCCGGUUCAGCUGAUUCUGCUAGUGCUGCCGCUUCUGCUGCCUCUGCAUCUCGAUCGGUUUUCUUGAAGGAAAAGGAUGGGUCUUUUGCGUUCGAGAACGUGGUUCCUGGGAAAUACAAAAUCGAGGCAUCCAAGCAGGUGAUUCAGGGGAGUGACAUGGCGGGCGACGAGUGGUGCUGGAAGACACAGUCCGCUGAUGUGGCGGUCUCCGAUUCGUCCGUGGUGGGCGUGGCGCUGGAGCAGAGUGGAUGGAGGGUGGAGAUCGAUGCAGCGAUGGAGGAUACAGUCAGCAUGGCGCACGGGGAGACGGCCCUGCCUGCUGUCAAGCUCAAGAAGGGGCUGCAGCACAUGUGUGUGGCGGCCAGUGGCAGCUACAGCCUCCGCUUCCCUGAUUCGUGCGCCAUGUAUGGGGAGGGGGAGGGCGUGUACUACCACACGCAGGAGGUGAAGGUGAUUCGUCUGCGCCCGUCAGCCUACAAGGUCUCGGGACUAGUCCGGGUGAACGCCUCCCUCUUCCCCUCUGCAGCUGCCAUCGCCCCCCACGCCUCUGCCCGCCUCUUCAGCCCCACCAACGGCUCCCUGCUCUCCCUCGCGCCCCUCUCCCUCGUCUCUGCCCCGAACGCCACGCAUGGGGUGGCAGUGUAUGCGCAAGAGCACUGGGUGGAAGGAGGGGGAGAGCUGCUGCUGGGGUGGUACCAUGAUGGAGGGGUGGGGGACGAGGGUUCCACCCUGGAUGAUGUGGCUGAUGCCCUCAAAAGUGCACACACCUCCACGUUGGAACAAGAGGAGCCGCAGUCUGGAGCAGAUUCCCCUCCCGUCUUCCCCCCUCCCAGGCGCCUGCUCUUCUAUCCGCGCUCCCUCAAGGUGCAAGUGUCUCCCCUGCAGUGCCCCCCUCCCCUCCCUCCAGUCGACGCCCGCCCCGGCCUUUACCUCACAGGCUGGCUCUUCCCCCCUCUGCCACGUGUCAACGUGUCAGUGGUUGCUGACGCUGACAGUGCAAACUCUGGGUGGCAGAAGGGGCAGGUGGUGAUGUGGGCUGAGACUGUGGGGCGAGUGAGGGGGGUGGAAGGGGAGGGGAGUGCGGAGGGGAGUGGGGAGGGAAGUGUGGAGAGGAGUGGGGAGGGGAGUGUGGAGAGGAGGCAGCAUGGAGGGAUGGAAGGAGAGGUUUUUGUGGUGGGGCCUUUGAACGACGAUGCCACUUACCAUGUGGAGCUUCAGAAGGCGGGUUACGUUUUCAAGGCGCUAGGAGACAACUCGUUUGAAGCACAAAAGCUCGCUUCAAUCACCGUCAAAAUCGCCACGUCAGCAGAAACUUCCACGGCCAAUGAGCCGCUGCCAUCUGUCCUCCUCUCACUCACCGGAGACGCCAGCUUUAGGCGCAACGAGGCAACAUUGCCCGGGCAAAAUGUUUUCGCGUUCGAGGGUUUGUUUCCUGGCAGCUACUACCUGCGGCCGGUGCUGAAGGAGUAUGAGUUUUCGCCGGCUGCCCGCCCAAUAAAUUUGCAGUCCGGGCAGGAGGUGGACGUGGCGUUCACUGCAAAGAGAGUUGCCUUCAGUGUGCUGGGUUCGGUGCGUUCUUUGUCAGGAGCGCCAGAGGCAAGCGUGCAGGUGGAGGCGAGGGAGGUGGUAUCUGGGGGAGGCGGAUCACAGUCAUCUCACUACGAGAUGGCUGUCACUAACGAGGAUGGGGAGUACAGGCUGAGAGGGCUGCGGCCGGGAGGGGCUUACCUGGUGGAAGUGGCAGUGAGGGCCGGUGCUGCUAAGGACUCCACCUCGCUGCCUCGAUUCGAGCGUGCAUCACCGAACCAGGCUCUGCUGACAAUCACAGGCGAUGUCCCGAAUGUCAACUUUGUGGUCUUCAACUCGCCCCUGGGUGUGACUAUAACGGGGGCAGUGAGCGGCAGAGACACAGCCAAGUGGUUGCCGAACCUCUUUGUCGAUCUCUUCCCAAGCGUGACUGUACCCGCAAGUGACAAUAACGAGGGCACUGGUACGAGCAGCAGCAGCAGCAGCACCAAUGGCGCGGCAGCAGGAGCAGAUGGAAGCUUCGAGGAAGCUUCCACUCUCCCCGUCUUCUCUUCCACUCCCAUUCGCUCCAUCCCCGUCCCGCUCUCGCGAUUCUUCGAGUUUCGCGACCUGCCCAGGGGCAUGUACCUCGUGAAACUGCGUCUUGGGCUGCCCGGAAAAUCUCACGUGUUUGAGAGCGAGGGCAGGGAGGUGGAUGUGAGGGAGGCGGUAACAGCUCAUGCAGGGACGCUGCGUUUCCGGGCCGAGGAGCGUAGAUCAAAUGAGGACCUUGCACCAACCCCGCUUCUCCCGGUGCUGCUUGCAAUAGCCGUCAUCUCGGUUGUUGCAUCCCUGCCCAAGCUGCAGCAAUUGGCUGCAGGAGUGGCAGCCACCGGGGGUACGACACCUGGCUCUGCAGCUGGCGACAGCUCAGCAGCACCAGGCGCUGCUGGUGGGUGGGGGGGCUCUGGCGCAGAGUCCCGUGGGAAGAACGAGCAGGACUCCCUCCGCUUGCGCAAGCCCUCCCCCUCCGCCGUCUCCCCCUCCGCGCCCCGCCGGCGCGUCUCCCCCGUGAGAGCCGCGGAUGGCGACAGCGACGUCCCCGCGUUCAAGGGCUUUCCGCCGAUGCAGACACGGCCCGCGUGGUACUGGCGAAUCGCAGCCGUCGUUCCGUACCUGCUGCCGCUAUGCGAGGCGUGGAUCUACAGCGAAACGGCUCAAUCGCUCUUCCAUUUCCUCUUCACAUACGAGCAGCUGUGCCAGCCGUUCCUGAUGCUGCUGGGGCUGCUCCCUUCCUGGUUCAUGCUUGCGUACUUCUUCGGAGCGUACCUUGGGGUUGUCAGGAACAAUCGCUGGCCGCAUUUCCUGCGGUUCCACGUGGUCACGGGGAUGCUUCUGGAGAUUAUUCUCCAGGUUGUUGGGACGCUGAAUGAUUGGAUUCCCAAGUCGAUUUACUGGGGGAAGAUCGGCGCGCACUUUUGGCUCGCUAUUGCGGUCGCGUUUAUCUUUAUCGUGCUCGAGUGCAUCUGGUGCGCGAUUCGCGGGACGUAUGCUGACGUGCCGUUUAUCUCAGAUGCGGCGUACAUGCAGAUCCCGUAUGAGUAA